AUGAAUUCGAAUUUCUCACUAAGAGACGGCUAUGACCUCGCACUAUACGGCAUAUCCGAUGGUACAUUUUAUGGGAUCCACAUUCCCGCAAUUAUAUGCAUCGCCACGAGCUUCACGUGUGCUGUUUUGGCAAUCAUGUUUUCGUUCCGGAGCAAGAGUUACAAGACAUUUUUCUCGCGCUGGUCCAAGAAAGACAGAAUUGUGGUCUACUCCGCGAUAUGCGAUGGGCUUUUCAACAUUGCCCACUUUACGGACCACAUGCAGAUACUUAUUGCAAGAAGCCACGUGUACCCUAGAGGUCUUUGUGAAUUCUACGCAUUCAUUUCGGCGGAAUUUAUCACAGCACAGAUUCUCAUGGUGAACAUCGUAGCCAUAACUGCUUUUGUCUUAGUAAGGUGGGACAAACAUAUUAAUUUCGGUACUAAAGACUGUCGCAUCCUUCUAUGGACAUUUGGCGCUCCGUUUGUCGGUGCAACAAUAGCUGGUGGCCUUGGAAAGUUCGGACCGACCGGAUCAGUCUGUUAUUUUGAUGGCGUUAAAGGAAAGAUCGCUCGUAUUUUGUUCACUACUGUUCCCGUAGUGGUAACCUUGGCAAUAAACACUGUGUUCUACGUACUAACAUGGCUCAGAAUACGUCAACAGACAGCGAUUAUCAGCAAAACGCUUGAAACCAUGUCUGCGACACAAAAGGCCAGUUUCAGUUCAGCAAAGAAAGGAUAA